CAGGCCCCGCCCGGGACUUUAAAGCGCCAUUUUGUGCUGGGCGCAGGACAUCGAUCGCUGCUCACACCCGGCGGGCGCCCGGCGGCAGCCGGAGCCUGCCUUCGGCGCUGCCUCUGCUCUGCCUUCUCGGCGUCUGUCCCGCCACCCCGUCCCGCUGCCUCCAUGACCCGCAGUAGGAAGCAGGCGGCGCUGGAGAGAGGAGCCGGGAAGAUGAACACAGAGGCGGGGAGCGCCGCGGCGGCGGCCGCGGGAGCCCGGGCGGCGACGGCGGCGGCAGCAGGGGCAGGGGCAGCCGGCGGCGAACCGGCGGCCGCCGCCUGGGGGCUGGAGGGGGAAGCGGAGAAAGUUGUGUACUCGCGCUCGCAGGUCUCCUUCGCUGGCACCAAGGCGCUGGGUGACGCCCUCAAGCUCUUCAUGCCCAAGUCCACGGAGUUCAUGAGCUCCGACUCGGAGCUGUGGAACUUCCUCUGCAGCCUCAAGCACGAGUUCUCCCCGGUCAUCCUCCGCAGCAAGGACGUCUACGGAUACUCCUCCUGCCGCGCCGUCGUCCCCGACCCGCCGCCGCCCUCGGAGCGGCCCCGCCGCCGCGCCGGCAAGCGGCGCCUCCCGGCUGCCGACGCCAAGCGCCGGGCCGGGGCGGCGGGCGGCAGCGCCAAGCGGCGGCGGCGGCGGCGGCGCCGCAGGAGGGAGCGGGGCAGGCAGCGGCCCGCGGCCGGUGGCCCCCGUGCACAGGAGGAGGAGGCGGUGGCGUCGGCGCCGGAGCCGCCGGGCGAGCAGGCGGACAGCGAGCAGGGCAGCCCGGCGGCGGCGGCGGCGGCCGCAUGGGAGCCGUUUGGCGGCAAGUCGCUGGAGGAGAUCUGGAAGGCGGCCACCCCCCGCCUCACCACGUUCCCCACCAUCCGUGUGCGGGGCAGCAUGUGGAGCCGGCGGAGCCUGGCGGCAGCGCGGCGGCGGGCACAGCGGAUCCUCGGCGUGGACCUAUCCCCCGUGGUGCGGGUGCGCCGCUUCCCCGUGGCACCGUCCUGAGCCUGCGGGGCCCCGCUCCCCGCGCCUCACCUUGGCCGCGGUGCGGACAAAGAGACCGGUAUCAGUCACCUGUUUACAUUGCUUUUGUCUGGAUC